UCGGUAGAUCUCUCUCAGUCUAUCAAUGCCAAACCCUCACCAUGGACACAUGAUCUUGCUUGAGAUAUUGACAGUUUAUUGCAUGCACUCGUUGGAAAGCAGUCGCAGUUCAGUGCUUUUCCUAGCAAUGUAUGAUGUGCUGAAAAGGUUAUGAGUCGCAUGAUUUGGAUUAAGUAGGAAAAACUUCCUUAAUUGCGUGGUUGGAAAAGAAAAGAUUUCGCGAGAACACAUUCAGGGAUCGCGCGUAUGGAUUACAAGUGAAGUUAGUGCUGGUUUCUCUGGGGAAGACAUUUGAGAAGUGUGUUUUCUGGCGACAUGGACAGCCUCUCUUCCGUAGCAGAGUGGGAUUGAUGCAAAAGUUUGUCCUGGAGGUUACCAAAGUAAAAAAAAAAAAAAUAUUUAUAUAUAUUCACGGGAAUAUGGGAUAUUAUGGGAGUUUAAUAUUUGUUCGCAGCAAAACGCAUCACUUAUGACCUUUGUGAGUUUUAAUAUGCGUCGUCCUGACAUUAAAUCUGAGACAAAGCUUCUGGGAGUCUUGUGACUGCGGGAAACAGUGGAUACUUGGUACUUGCUGGAUUUAUUGAAUUAACCUCGGAAUUUUGCUGUCCAAUGACAUUGCUAAAGUUGUUAGUUGGGUUCCUUUUUGUCGCCUCUCCUCCUUUUAUCAGUUUAAUUUACUUAACCGGUCAAAGGCAAAAAGACAAGUAUUUCAGUGACACAGCUUGUGUUUGUGGCUCGUGACAGGAUGCGCGCGUGUAAAGGAUUCCCGAUGGCCGUCACGGUGGUAUUGACACUAUUGGCUGUCAUUUACGUGAAGGCGAGUGGAGAGUAUUGCCACGGUUGGCUCGACCCGCAGGGUGCCUGGCGAGAGGGCUUUCAGUGCCCGGAGCGCUACGAUAGCGCUGAUGCCAUCAUCUGCUGCGGGAAAUGCGAGCUCCGGUACUGCUGCUCCAGCACAGAAGCUCGUCUGGACCAGGGAACAUGUGAUAACGAUAAGCAGACACAAGACACCAACACUGGGAACAAGGACAACAAAAAUUCUGGAGCAGUACCCAUCUAUGUGCCCUUCCUGAUCGUCGGCUUGGUCUUUGUGGCAUUUGUGUUGGUGGGCUCUGUGGUUGCUGUUUGCUGUUGCCGCUGUCUCCGCCCCAAACAGGAACUUGCAUCAGGUAGCGGGUCAGAAGGUGGUUCCAGCGGCCGAGUUUUGGAGACGAUUCCCAUGAUGGCCAGUACGGGCACAUCGCGUGGCUCCUCUUCCCGCCAAUCAAGCACUGCCACCUCCUCCAGCUCUUCGGCUCCUACCACAGCACCCCGCCCUGCACCUGCUCCACUUUUACGUGCCCAGGCCUCUUGCUGCCUACCUCCAGAUGCCAGUGUCUAUGUCAACAUGCCCACCAACUUCUCUGUUCUAAACUGCCAGCAGGCCACUCAGAUUCUUCCUCACCAAGGACAAUUCCUGCAUCCUCAGUAUAUUGGCUUUGCCCAUGCUGUUACUCCAGCCCCUGCCUUCUUAGACCCAGCUCAGACGGGCUACCGCCCCUUGCAUUCUCCAUUCCCCCCACCUACAAGUGUGGCCAGCAUGGCCAGUGUGACCGGUGAUCAGAAAUACCCUCCAGUAACCAUGUGAAUGUUGGAUUGGGAGUCAUAUGAAAUGCUGGACCAUAUUAGCAAUCAUGAUGAGCAAUCAUUGGAAAUCAGUUGAAAUUGAAGUCACAAGAGGAACACACAAUAAUGGGUCAUUUCAGGGGGACAAUGGAGUGUCUUGCCUGCUUGUUGGUAUAACAAGCUGUUUACAUGUUUUUGAAAGUAUGUGUGACCCUCGGAAAACACUCUCUUGCAUCGGUACUUCCAACCGAAAUGAGACUCUGAGGCUGGUACGUUUUCAAACCCAACGUUGUUUCUGUGAUAUAAAGGACACAGUCAAUACAUGCUUGAAAAAUGACUGAAUGCUGUCAAAACAUUUGUGUAAUGUGCCUUGAAAAGUGCUAAUGGUGACGCACAUUGAAUACGUAAGCCUGUAAAUGUUUGUGCUGUUGUAAAUGAAGCAUACAUGUGUACAUAUGCAAUGUAUUUUUGUGUUUUAUAACCCUGCAUAUGUGUUCUGUGUUUAACUGUAUAGGUGUGAUGCAGUACAUGUGAAUAUGUGUGUGUGUGCAGUGGAGUAUAUGUUGUGUGUAAUGGGAAUCACAGGUGCUGUAAUGUGAAAAGCAGUCCUGGCUCUCUGUUGGAUGCUUAAAAUCUAAUGAAGUGAACACAGGACACAGACUGUAACGCUCCACCCUCUGGCCCACUGGCCUUAGCAGUAACACAAGCACACACACACACACACUCACUUACACUUUAACUUUAACAUAUACACACACUCACAUGCCAGGGAGCCCGUUUUGCAGAACCAAACUCAUUUUCUCACAAUGCCAAGGAACACAGCAGAAAAUAUACAAAUAUAAAAGGCUAUAUUUGAAACACGUUUGCCUUGUGAAAGAAGUGUAUGUGUGUGUGAACGUCUCUAUGUGUGGGCCAUUUUUCAUCUCCCUCUGUAAGCAUAAGCCAUAAGGUAUACUCAAGGAGUACCAAAGGGUUCCAGGGCAUUUAUUUUGGAGUGGGUUUCUGUCAGCACACUUAGAAAACUGCAGUUUAGUGGGAUGGAAAAGUCCCAGACUCCUCUAACCAUUUGUAAAGCUCAAGCAUUAGAUCUCACAAUGGCAUAGAAAUCACUAGGACUGACUUCUGGACUUCCACCAUGCCCCAUUAUAGGCAGAGUAACAAAGUCUGACUUGACAGGGAGCAUGUAUGUUUCAACUAUAUCAGUGUCUGUGGGCAACUUGACAUGUACGUUACAUACCUGUUUCUGAGUAUGAUACAUGUACGUGUGUGUGUGUGUGUGUGUGUGUGUGUGAAACUGAAUGUGUAUUUGAGGUUGAAUGUGCCUCUCCCUCUAAGAGCAGGAUGCCAUGUUUCUUUUACAUAUGAAAAUAUGUAAAAUAUAUAUUAAUUAUAAUAAAUAUUUUU